UUUCUUUUUGAACCGCUUGGCGAACAGUUGUAUUUAAAUAAUAAACCCCCAUCGUUAUGUGGAAGAAAGUGACUUUCUGUGCCGUCCUUGUGGCUUUUCUGGGCUUUCAGUUUGCCGAUGCGCUGACUUGCUACAGUUGCAACACCGUGGCGGGAUGUCGCAACCCCUCAACCCAAACGUGUAACAAUGCGACUGCCAAUGCCAAUAGGGAAUAUCUGACCACGAUUUACAACAAUGUGCCCACAGUGAAUGGCAGUUCGAGUUUCACUUGUGCCAAUUCCACCUACUACUAUCCCCAGAACAAUACUCACACUUCCGAGUUCUUGGGCUGUGUCUUCCCUGCCACAAAUAUCUGCCAGCUGACAUUGAUUAACACUGCUAAUCAGGAUUCCUGGUCCCGGAGAUGCAUCACCUGCAACACCGACUACUGUAAUCCGGCGGGAACCUUCAGCGGUAGCACCUAUACCAUCUUGGGAUCUGCUAUUGCCCUGCUCCUGGCCAAGAUCCUUAGUUAGACGGCCAAAUGUCUGUGAAAACAGUAUUUAAAACAACUUUCAGUUGUAAAUAUUUAAAUAAAAGUAAUAUUUCCCAUUAUUUAUAUUCAAAA